AAAUUACAGUUUUAACAAUGGAAUUGCCUGUAUGAUAAUAUUUUAUAGCUUAGUUCUUGUUAAUUUGUUUAUUUUUCUAAAUAAAUUUACUCAGUUAUGUUUAUAAAAAUAUUGGGUACAAUUUAUUUCUUGUGUGAUACCCCCAACAUUGUUGACAUUGAGGGUCAGUUGCUUGGAUCCUGUCUUGAUACUUUCAAGUACAGAAUUUUCUGAGACACCUUCUCCGGACAGUGACUCCGUGAAUGCUGUGGAAGGACACUCUGAGCCAUCCUGGUUUAAAGACAAAGUUUGAUGACAGUGACACAGAACAGAUAGCUGAAGAAGAUUCUGCCAGUCCUAGCAAGCACACCUCAGUCAGCAGUUUCCAGUCCACAGUGGACAGUGACUCAGCUGCGUCUAUCAGCCUGAACAUGGAGCUGGACAACAUGAACUUCCAUAUCAAGAAGCCCUCCAAGUACCCAUAUGUGGCCACUCACCCUGCUGACCAAAAAGAUGGGCAACACCUACCAAGAUCCUAAGUUCCUGUAUUCUUCCCGAAUUUUGGCCACUCUCUGAAGGGGUUCCUGGUUUUGUGUCCAAGAUGUGUACCACCAUCAAGCUCUGUGACAUGGCCAUGGACUGGAUUGCUGAAGGGAAUGCCAAGCAUCUCAGAAAAGUAAAAAAUUAGCGUGACUGGUA